GAGACAGACAGACAGACAGACAGACAGAGACAGAUGGAGGACCGGCGGACUGCAAGCUAUAGUUUGCUAAAGUAAUGGGUAAAAGUUUGAUACUUUUCCCAUGCCCAAAAGGACUGGGUGAAGGAGCGGCACGCAGUGCAUAUUGAAUGUGUGACUGUCACUGUUCUGAUCCAUAAGUGGACUGUUGGAGUAUUUCUGUGGCCACCACUUUCGUUAACACUUGCGUGGAUUCGGGUGUUGUGCAGCGACCACUUGCUCUAAAGAAUAUUCCUGUAACUGUCACCUUGGAUAAUCUCUUCGUGGAUUUUGGAACACAACUCGACGACAGAAAAUCCUCUGUGACUGUGACUUCGUUUUCCCAGCGUGGAACCUGUGAAAUUCUUUGUGAUUACUUUCUCGUUGCAUUUCAAUGUGGAUUUACAAAUUUCCCCAUUCCAUGGAAAACUGAAACUUGCCAUCUUGAAACUUUCAGAACUGUUCCUAAACUUGACAGUGUGGCAGCCACAAACGCAUAACACUGUUAACUUCUGUUUAGAAGAGUAGUUUGUUUAAUUGUCUCUAUACUAAUACAGAUAGUAGUUUAUACUAAUACAGACUGAGUUUGUGGUCUAUCGCUGCUGUACAUAACACAGAGUGACGGGCGGGUCGCUGGAGUCUCUCCCUGGGUUGUGGGACCCACCGGUCACGUGAUCCCGUUCGCCCCGCCCAUUGAACCGCAGACGGGCAGCAGCAGCGUCUGUUCCCGAGGCCCCGCCCUCCGGAUGACGCAAGUCUCUUCGCGCAUGCUCACUGUCGCCAGAUGGACGGUGUUUGCCUUGCCGCUCAGUGCUGAAGCGGAUCGUCUGCGGGAUCGGGAAGGGACGAUCGCCUCCUUGAUCGGGGAGCCGGGGGUCGCGAUCACUGUCUGCGGACCGAAGAUAUCACUUUCCCAUCGUUAGACCUGCGCUGAGAGCUUUAUUGGAAGAAAAACCCCAACUGGACGCAAAGCACGACUGAAGACGAGGGAACAGCAACAAGUGAACCAGCCCGAGGGUUGACAGCAUCAACUGGAGAGAACCCAUCUGACUCGGAGGAUCCAGUGAUUCAGUCAGGGGAAAGUUUGGUUAAAAAUGUCAAGGAAUUUGUCUACGUGAAUCUCAGACACAACACGCCAGUUUUGCUGUCUCUGUCCAGAUACUUAAGAAGAGGAGCAAGGGAUACACUCGAUCAUCCUUCCUGCUCAGACUGUGGGGAGGGAUUGUCAUCUGACCGACUGGCAUGCCCGUCAUUUUACACAGGGGAGAGGCCGUUCAUCUGCUCAGACAGUGGGAAUGGAUUCACUCGGUCAUUUCAACUGAAGGUGCAUCAGCAAAUUCACCUGUUCUGUGUGUGAGAAGGGACUCAGUCAGUCUACCCACCUGUGGACACAUGAGUCAGUUCAUACUGAGCAGAGGCUGGUCAUCUGCUGAACUUGUGGUAAAGGAUUCACUCGGUCAUCUGGCCUAAUGGCUCACCAACGAGUUCACACCGGGGAGAGGCCGUUCACCUGCUCGGACUGUGGGAAGGGAUUCACUUGCUCAUCUCAACUGAAGGUACAUCAGCGACUUCACACCGGGGAGAAGCUAUUCACCUGCUCAGACUGCGGGAAGGGAUUUGCUCAGUCAUCUGAACUACUGAUACACAAGUCAGUUCACACUGGGGAGAGGGCAUUCACCUGCUCAGACUGUGGGAAAGGAUUCACUUGCUCAUCUAAACUGAAGGUACAUCAGCGAAUUCACACUGGAGAGAGGCCAUUCACCUGCUCAGACUGUGGGAAGGGAUUCACUUGCUCAUCUAAACUGAAGGUACAUCAGCGAGUUCACACCGGGGAGAAGCUAUUCACUUGCUCAGACUGCGGGAAGGGAUUUGCUCAGUCAUCUGAACUACUGGUACACAAGUCAGUUCACACUGGGGAGAGGGCAUUCACCUGCUCAGACUGUCCGAAAGGAUUCACUUGCUCAUCUAAACUGAAGGUACAUCAGCGAAUUCACACUGGGGAGAGGCCAUUCACCUGCUCAGACUGUGGGAAGGGAUUCACUCGGUCAUCCCAACUACUGCUACACAAUUCAGUUCACACUGGGGAGUGGCCAUUCACCUGCUCAAUGUGUGGGAAGGGAUUCACUCAGUCAUCUAAACUGAAGGACCAUCAGAGUGUUCACACUGGAGAGAGGCCGUUCACCUGCUCAGACUGCGGGAAGGGAUUCACUCGGUCAUCCUACCUACAAGCACACUGGUCAGUUCACACUGGGGAGUGGCCGUUCACCUGCUCGGACUGUGGGAAGGGAUUCACUUGCUCAUCUAAACUGAAGGAACAUCAGCGAAUUCACACGGGAGAGAGGCCGUUCACCUGCUCAGACUGUGGGAAAGGAUUCAUCCAGUUAUCCCACCUGCAAGCACACUGGUCAGUUCACACUGGGGAGCGGCCGUUCACUUGCUCAGACUGUGGAAAGAGAUUCACUUGCUCAUCCCACCUGAAGGCACAUCAGCGAGUUCACACUGGAGAGAGGCCGUUCACCUGCUCAAAUUGCGGGAGAGGAUUCACUCAGUCAUCUCAACUGAAGGUACAUCAGCGAGUUCACACUGGAGAGAGGCCGUUCUCCUGCUCAGUAUGUGGGAAGGGAUUCACUUGGUCAAGUCAACUACAGAGACACCAGUCAGUUCAUACUGGGUAGAGGCUGAUCACCUGCUCAGACUUUGGGAAGAGAUUCUCUCAGCCAAAUCAACCAAAUGUGCAUCAUUGAGUUCACACUGGGGAAAGGCUGUUCACCGGCUGUGAAUGUGGUAAAGUUAUCUAUCCUUAUGACACCCUACGGGAUCCACACUGGGGAGAAAGUUUCAAUAAGCUGCAUGCUGGAUAUUUGUCCAUCACCAUUGCUGAAUGCAAUUUCGAGAGUGACUGUCGGUGCUGAACUCUGCAAUUAUUGCUGCUGCUCACCACCCCCAGUUCUGCACCCUGGUCACUGGGCAUGGGAGGAGUUUCUUCUGCUGCAUAUUCACCUUUAAUGGGACUGGAGUUUUAAUAUUCUGGAUCUGAGACAAAUCAGUCAGUUCUAUUUUAAACUCUUGUCUCUGGUACUUAGUAAAUUUAUAACACACCUAGUGUACAGUCGAGCAGCAGUCCCUAGCCACCAGGCCACAAAGUAUGCGCUACCGGGCCGCGAGGAAACGAUAUGAUUUGGCGAUAUGAGUCAGCUGCACCUUUCCUCAUUCCCUGUCACGCACUGUUGAGCUUGAACGCACGCGAGGUCAUUACCCGCGCGUCAUCCAUGUCAGCGCGGGAAGGAGAUCAACUCCUCGAGCUUGCAAAUGACGAUGGGCUGCAAAGUAUGUUUGACAUAACAUCUCUGCCAGCGUUCUGGAUCAAAGUCAAGGCUAAAUAUCCUGAGAAAGCCACGAAAGCACUGAAAAUGUUGCUCCCAUUUCCAACAUAUCUCUGCAAUGAAUGUAAUGAAAACCAAAUUGCGUAAUGGACUGGACAUAAGGAACCCCGUUCGAGUAUCGCUGUGUCCCAUCACCCCUCGAUGGGACCACCUGGUUGCAGGGAAACAAGCAUUCAGCCCAGGGCUCCCACUGAUUCAGUGAUAUUGGUGUGUUGCAAUGAUUUAUAUGUUCAUACGGGGAAGAUAUGUGCAGUGUGUUUAAUAUCCAAAUGUUACUUAAAAUGUUAUGAUGCUAUUGAUUUAUAUAACCAUAUAACAAUUACAGCAUGGAAACAGGCCAUCUCUGCCCUUCUAGUCCGUGCCGAACGCUACUCUCACCUAGUCCCACCAACCAUGGACCACCGACCUAGUCCCUUCCUUUCCUGUCCAUAUACCUAUCCAAUUUUUCUUUAAAUUAUAUUGAACCUGCCUGUACCACUUCUACUGGAAGUUCGUUCAACACUUACUUCAAGCUCCCCUGUCCUUCCCUGAUACAGUAAUUGACUUAUCGCUAUAUUCAUGCGAGGAAAAUAUGCGCUGUGUGUGUAAUAUUAAAUUCGUUAGAUAAACGCUUUUAGAAACAAAAUUGAGUGUAGUAGCCACUUAUCACCUAUAUUCUGGUCGUGAUUAACACCUUCCUCCCCCCCCCCGAACAGAAUCGCCAAAAACGAUCUGUAGAAAAAUCGGCAGGUACACGCAUGCGCAAAGCACGCACACGCUCUGGUGCCCACGCAAGGCUUCAUGGUCGUUGUAGUCUCUGUAAACAAUGUAUUUGGCUCUACUCUUGUCCAUUGGCAACCCUACCCACCGCCCCCAGCCCCGGGUCAGCCGGUCCGCAAGAGUAUUGUCAAUAUGAAAUGGUCCGCAGUGCAAAAAAGGUUGGGGACCCCUGCAGUAGCGAGUCAGCUCAGGCCGGCUGGACCCUGCCAGUGAUUCUGUUCCAUGACAGUUCUUUUAAAUCCUCCCCUGUACGGCCAAAGUCAGCAUGGUUUUCCUCAGGAGAAGUCUUCUCAGACAAAUCUGUUGGAAUUCUUUGGUGAAAUGAGAAAGGCAGUGGGUGUUGUUUGUUUGGAUUUUCAGAUGGUCUUUAACAAGGUAUUGCACCUGAUGCUGCUUAACAAGACCACAGCUCAUGGUGUUUGAUGUCUCUGUGCCUGUUCCCGCUGGAGUAUAGAAUAAUGGGGCUGGGGGGGGGGGAUUCCUGAAUACUGAGAAGCCAAGAUAGAGAGGAUGUGGAGAGGACGUUUCCCAUAAUGCAGAGCCCAGGACUGGGAGUACACCCUCAGACUACAGGGAAAUCAAUUCAGAAGAGAGAGGAGGAGGAAGUCUUAUGAUAUUAUGUUUAUUCAACACGGCCGUGUCUGAUCUAUGCGUCUGUUCCCAUCCCCCUCUAUCUCCACCUCAAUGUACCCAGCCACCCGCCUGCUCUCAGAUAGAUAGACACUUCACUGAUCCUAAAGGAAUUUACAUGGAAGAUUUAGAAUUUCAGGAAUUUCCAUAUGUCUCCAUUUAAAAUGAGCAGCCCUUUUCGAUCCUUGUCUGUUUCUCUCUCACUGAUCAGCAGAGAUGUCAAAGAGCCCGUCCCUUUUCCUCGUUUAUCUCCCCCGCCUCAAUCCCUGGUUUCUAUCCCGGUUUAUUUCCCCAUCUCUAUUCCCUCCAAUCUCUCUCCUCCGUCAUUCUCUCCCGCACCUCUUUCUGUCCCCUCACUCGCUCCCGUUUACUUCUCUCCCACAUCCAUCUCAUUUCCCGCCAUUCUCUCCCCUCACUGGUUGUCGCCACCGUCUCGCUCCCCUCUGUUUCUCGCCUCCGCUACUUCCCUCCCAUCUCUCCUCAGUCUGUCUCGCUAACACUCCAACAGCCUCUUAUUUCUGUAACUCAGUUUCUCCCUCCCUCACUUUCACUACCACCACUCAGCCUGUUCUCCCUCUGUCUCUCUUUCCCUCCUCCACUCUCUCUCUCCCUCCCCCUCUCUCUCCCACUUUCCCUUCUUUACUUCUCCCUCUUCCUCUAUCUCUCUGGUGGAGGAGAAGAUGGGGGUGCAACGCAGCACGCAGCCUCUCCGGUGUAUGAUACCUGUAUUUGUAAGUAGGGGCCGUGCACAAUUCUGAUUUGAUGGAGACAGAUGUGAGAAGCACAGGAACAUCUGGAGUAACUUCUGAAAUGCCCGGUUCGCUGUUGCUGCUACUGUGUGAUCGAGAAUCUCCGGAGGGGAAGGACAAAAUCCUCAGCUUUGCCUGUUACUGGCGGCCGGGGUUGGGGUUGAAGUGCUCAGCAGAGAUGGUGCUCUGUGCUCGGUGUCAGAGGGCUGGUCGGAGGCUCGAAGUUUUCGGAUGGACUCAGAGUCGGACUGUGGCCGGGUGCUUCCAGGAUGCUGCAUCGGCAAGUUUGCGGCACUGGAAGCUCAUGGCAGGGAGAGUUUUCUUCCUUCUACCGUCUGCGUGAGAUGAUGGGACUUUCGAGAGACUUUGAGACUUUUUUUUACAAUGCCCAUGGUCUGUUCUCUAUCAAAUUUCGGUAUUGCUUGCACUAUUGUAACUAUAUGUUAUAAUUAUGUGUUUUUUGUCAGUUUUUCAGUCUUGGUCUGUUUUGUGUUUCUGUGAUAUCACACUGAUGGAACAUUGUAUCAUUUCUUAAUGCAAGGGCAUUACUAAAUGACAAUAAAAGAGGACUGUGUG